AUGGGCGCCCUUGGCGGUGACUUCCUCGAGGGCUUCUUCAAGAGCUGGGGCGUGAUCCUGGCGUCGGAAAUCGGCGACAAGACGUUCUUCAUCGCCGCCAUCCUUGCCAUGAGGCACUCCCGCAAGCUGGUGUUUGCGGGCGCGAUAGGCGCCCUGGCGGCCAUGACCGUGCUGUCGGCGCUGCUGGGCUGGGCCGCACCCAACCUGAUCAGCAAGAAGUGGACCCACUACGGCGCCACCGCGCUCUUCUUCUUCUUCGGCGCCCGCAUGCUGUACGAGGCGGUGACCAAUGCACACGCGGGGGAGUCGGAGCUGGAUGAGGUGGAGAAGGAGCUGCAGUCCUCCCCCAAGUCCCCCAAGGACAGCGGUCCCGAGUCCAAGGUGGGCGCGCUGCACCCGCUGCUGGCGGCGGCGCGCCGCUGCGUGUCGCCCAUCCUCCUCGAGUCCUUCACCCUCACCUUCCUGGCGGAGUGGGGGGACCGCAGCCAGAUCGCCACCAUCGGCCUGGCGGCGGCCUCCGACGUCCUCGGCGUCACGCUGGGCGGCAUCGUCGGGCACGCGCUGUGCACAGGCGCGGCGGUGCUGGGUGGAAAGCACCUGGCCGAGCACAUCCACGAGCGCAUGGUGGCCUACUUCGGCGGCGUGCUGUUCCUGCUGUUCGGCGCGCACUCGCUCUGGUCUGGCGUGCCUGAGUGA